UUACAGCGGCCUCCCUAAUUCCAUAUAGCCCUGUCUACCCUUAGAAACCCGGCAAAAAUUCGGUGAGUUUUUAGAGUUUUCAAAGGCCAGUUUUUAGAGUCCCAAGCUAUAUUCUUGCUGAGAAGGGGAAAAGAAAAAAACAAGUGUGGGAGAAAAGAGAAGAACGAAGGCUUGCUUAGAUCUUUUCUCUUCACUGAACUUCUGAUUCCUGAAAGAUCCAUAACCUCCACGCCGGUGAACAGCAUCUUGGUCUUGAAUAGACUGGACGCGCAGCGGCGGUGGGAGAAAAGGAGGCGCCAGAUCGUGCGAAGAUCUCAGCGAUGGCGGGCGCCGCGGCUGGGGGUUUCGUUUCCCGCUCCUUGGAGUCCAUGCUCAAGGAGUGCUCCGGAAAGAAGUACGCCGAGCUGCAGAAGGCCAUCAAGACAUGUCUAGAAAAUUUGAAGAAUGAAAAGCCUACUUCAGGAAAGAGUCAGGCAGAAUCUACACCUGCAAACGAGAGAGCUGAUAAUGAUGGAUCAAAAGAAGGAAACUCUACCGUUAGCAUACAAUCAACUUCUACUGCAGAUGAAGCUGCUACUUCUGUUGAUGAUUCCAAACCUAUUACGACAGCAUUAUCAAGUGCCGGACACAUAUUAGAAGAAAUUCAAGCUGAAGUGGUGUUGCAACCUCUGAGACUUGCGUUUGAAACAAAGAACAUAAAGCUGUUGGAGCCUGCAUUAGAUUGUUUGCAUAAACUCAUUGCCUAUGAUCACUUGGAAGGUGAUCCUGGUCUGACAGGUGGUAAAAGUGAUCCACUAUUUACCAAUAUUCUUAGCAUGGUCUGUGGCUGUGUUGAUAAUUCAUCACCUGAUAGUACAAUACUGCAAGUACUGAAAGUGCUUUUGACUGCUGUGGCAUCGACAAGGUUCAGAGUUCAUGGAGAGCCAUUGUUGGGGGUGAUUAGAGUAUGCUAUAACAUUGCUCUUAACAGCAAGAGCCCCAUUAAUCAGGCUACGUCAAAAGCAAUGUUAACCCAAAUGAUCAGUAUUGUUUUCAGACGAAUGGAAUCCGAUCAGGCAAUAAUAUAUAUAUAUAUAUAUAUAUAUGAUAUUUUUCAUGACUAUUUCAGUCCUAUUAGUAUUAACACAUCAUUGUUUGGUAUUCAGGUGCUAGAUAAUCAAUCACUUGGUGUUACUUCCAGUAGCUCUCUAAAUUCUGAUAAUGGAGAAAUAUCGUUAGAACAUCAAGAUGAGACAAAGGUCACACAAUGGGAAUCUCAGGGCAUGAACGAAGAGAAAGGGAUAUCUCCUGCAACAGUUGAAGUUCUUCAGAAUCUUGCUGGUGGUGCCGAUAUCAAGGGCUUAGAGGCUGUUCUUGACAAAGCUGUCCACACUGAAGAUGGAAAAAAGAUUUCACGUGGGAUUGAUCUUGAGAGCAUGAGUAUUACGCAUCAUGAUGCCUUGUUACUAUUUCGUACCCUUUGCAAGAUGAGCAUGAAGGAAGAGAGUGAUGAAGUUACUACAAAGACAAGACUUCUAUCCCUUGAGCUUUUGCAGGGUUUGCUUGAAGGAGUCAGCCAAUCUUUCACGACCAAUUUCCACUUUAUUGAUUCUGUUAAGGCUUACCUUUGUUAUGCUUUAUUACGAGCUUCUGUUUCUUCGUACCCAGUUGUAUUUCAGUAUGCCACUGGUAUUUUCACGGUGCUUUUACUACGAUUUAGGGAAAGUCUCAAGGGUGAAAUUGGCAUUUUUUUCCCCUUAAUCAUAUUGAGAUCCUUGGAUAGUGCUGAUAGUUUGCUCAGUCAAAGAACAAGCGUUCUUAGGAUGCUUGAAAAAGUUUGCAAGGAUCCUCAAAUGCUUGCUGAUGUGUUUGUUAACUAUGACUGUGAUCUUGAGGCACCAAACCUCUUUGAACGCAUGGUUAAUUCUCUAUCAAGAAUAGCUCAGGGUACUUUGAGCUCUGAUCCUAACUCUGCUAAUUCAUCUCAAACAGCAUCUAUCAAAGGUUCUUCUCUUCAGUGCUUAGUGAGUGUUCUUAAGUCCUUAGUUGAUUGGGAAAAGUUCAGAGAAUCUGAAAAACACGGCAAAAUUGUCCGAUCUCUUGAAGAGGAUGUUUCAGUUCAUGAACCUUACGAUGAACCUACAAAUCGAGAAGAUGGAGUCAAUCAGUUUGAGAAAGCUAAAGUGCAUAAAUCUUCCUUGGAAGCUGCAAUCUCAGAGUUUAAUCGUAAGCCGGCAAAAGGAAUAGAGUCUCUACUUGCGAAUAAGCUAGUGGAGAAUACUCCUCUGUCAGUGGCACAAUUUCUCAAGGAUUCUUCUAGUUUGGAUAAGGCUAUGAUUGGUGAAUAUUUAGGACAACAUGAUGAUUUUUCUCUUGCCGUGAUGAAUGCUUAUGUUGAUUCCAUGAACUUUUUGGGAUUGAAGUUUGAUGCUGCAAUUCGUGAAUUUCUCAGAGGUUUCAGGCUUCCUGGAGAAGCCCAAAAGAUUGAUAGGAUCAUGGAAAAAUUUGCUGAGCGCUAUUGUUUCAAUAAUCCAGGCCUUUUCAAGAGUGCAGAUACUGCAUAUGUUCUAGCAUAUGCAGUUAUCAUGUUGAAUACUGAUGCUCACAAUCCGAUGGUCUGGCCAAAAAUGUCCAAGUCUGAGUUUAUUCGCAUGAACACUUCAUCUGAUGCAGAAGAGUGUGCCCCAAAGGAACUCCUGGAGGACAUCUACGAUUCAAUUGUCAGGGAAGAGAUAAAGAUGAAGGGUGACGCAGUUGGUGCAGCGAAGAGUAGCAGGCAAAGACCUGAAGCUGAAGAUAGAGGUCGGCUCAUAAAUAUCCUUAACUUGGCCUUUCCUAAGAGGUUGUCCGGUGCUGAUUCUAAAGCAGAAAGUGAACAAAUAAUUAAGCAAACCCAAGCACUUUUCAAACGUCAAGGUGUGAAAAGGGGCAUCUUUUAUAAAGCAGAACAGGUUGAUUUAGUCAGGCCAAUGGUUGAAGCUGUAGGUUGGCCAUUGCUCGCAACAUUUUCUGUUACCAUGGAGGAAGGUGAUAAUCGACCUAGAGUGCUUCUUUGUAUGGAAGGGUUCAAAGCUGGUAUACACAUUACUCGUCUUUUAGGGAUGGAUACAAUGCGCUAUGCUUUUUUGACCUCUUUAGUGAGACUAACAUUCUUACAUGCUCCAAAGGAAAUGCGUAGUAAAAAUGUGGAAGCCAUUCGAACUUUGCUUGCUUUGUGUGAUACAGACACGGAUGCCUUACAGGACACAUGGAAUGCUGUUCUGGAAUGUGUGUCAAGGCUUGAAUUUAUCACAUCAACUCCAUCUAUUUCUUUGACUGUGAUGCAGGGUUCCAACCAAAUAUCCAGAGAUGCGUUACUCCAAUCACUAAGGGAGUUAGCUGACAAACCAACUGAGCGAUUGUUUGAAAACAGUGCAAAGUUGCCCAGUGACUCUGUUGUUGAGUUUUUUGCAGCUCUCUGCGGUGUAUCAGCUGAAGAACUAAAACAAACACCUGCACGUGUCUUUAGCUUGCAGAAGCUUGUUGAGAUCAGCUAUUACAAUAUGGACCGUAUCCGUCUGGUCUGGGCUAGAAUUUGGUCAGUCCUAGCACAGCAUUUUAUUAAUGCUGGGAGCCACCAUGAAGAAAAAAUAGCUAUGUAUGCCAUCGAUUCUUUGAGACAGCUUGGCAUGAAGUAUUUAGGGCGUGAUGAGCUCAUCAACUUCACGUUCCAGAAUGAUAUUUUGAAACCAUUUGUUAUACUUAUGCGGAACAGUUGGAAUGAAAAAAUUCGUGCUCUUAUUGUUGAUUGUGUUGUACAGAUGACAAGUUCAAAGGUUGCUCGUAUAAAGUCUGGUUGGCGGAGUGUGUUUAUGAUCUUCACUGCAGCUGCUGAUGAUGAACUGGAAUCCAUCGUUGAAAAAGCAUUUGAGAAUGUUGAACAGGUUAUCCUGGAGCACUUCGAUCAAGUAGUUGGUGAUUGCUUUAUGGACUGUGUGAAUUGUCUUAUAAGAUUUGCUAACAAUAAAAAGUCUCCUCGGAUAAGUUUGAAGGCCAUUGCCCUCCUUCGUAUUUGUGAAGAUCGUCUAGCAGAGGGUUUUAUCCCAGGUGGAGCCCUUAAACCUGUGGAUGUUGACCCAGAGACAAACUUUGAAGUGACUGAGCAUUACUGGUUUCCAAUGUUGGCUGGACUUUCUGAUUUAACUUUAGACUCCAGAUCAGAAGUCCGGAAUUGUGCACUCGAAGUGCUAUUUGAUUUGCUGAACGAGCGAGGCCGUAAAUUCUCCUCUGCUUUUUGGGAGAGUAUUUUUGACCGUGUCCUCUUUCCUAUUUUUGAUCAUGUUCGAUAUGCUGGACAGGAUGGUUUCAUUUCCUCUGGGGAUGGAUGGCUCCGUGAAACUAGCAUCCAUUCACUUCAGUUGUUAUGCAACCUUUUUAAUACUUUCUACAAGGAGGUAUGUUUCAUGCUUCCACCAUUAUUAAGUUUACUUCUUGACUGUGCAAAGAAGACAGACCAAGCUGUUGUUUCUAUUUCUCUUGGUGCUUUAGUACAUCUCGUUGAGGUAGGGGGGCAUCAAUUCAGUGACAAUGACUGGGAUACUUUACUGAAAAGUAUAAGAGAUGCAUCUUACACAACUCAGCCCGUUGAGCUUCUCAAUUCCUUAGGAUUUGAGAAUUUAAAGAGUCAAAAGUUGCUGAAUGAUGGUUUAUAUGUCAGCCCACGUGAGACUUCCUUUAAGGAUGCUCAUUAUGAUGGUAAUGAUGAUGUAAGAGCAUUACAUCUAGCAUCUUUGAGGCCUGAGGGUGAAAAUUUACAAAACAAUGCUAGUACAACAAACUUGCAACAUGAUCAAGAAGUGAAAUUCGUGGCCAGUUCAGAGGAAUCUAACGGUUUUCAACGGAGUCAAACAUUUAGUCAAAGGAUUGUCGGAAACGUGAUGGAUAACCUUUUCCUCAGAAAUCUCACAUCAAAACCAAGGAGCGCUGUUGCAGAUGAUCUUGUGCCAUCUUCACCCGCGAAGAUACCUGAAGCUAUUGAGCCAAUCUACAAUGAGGGCGAUGAUGAGGACCUACCUAUGGUGGCAGUGAGGAGCAAAUGUGUAACCCAGCUACUACUUCUAGGUGUUCUUAAUAGCAUUCAGAUGAGAUAUUGGAGCAGAUUGAAAGCUCCACAGAAGAUUGCAAUAAUGGAUAUUUUGCUGUCAGUUUUAGAGUUUGCUGCUUCAUAUAAUUCUCCUUCAAACCUCAGGAUGCGAAUGCAGCAGAUACCUCCAGAAAGGCCACCUUUGAAUCUUCUUCGCCAGGAAAUUGCAGGAACGUCUAUAUAUUUAGAUAUCCUGCAAAAGUCAACUUCAACUAGCAGCGGUGAUAAUAAUGAACAAGAAAGAAAUGGUUCUUUCCGUGAGAUUGAAUCUGGGAGUGAAAGAACAAAUUCCGAAAUAAAAAACCCGGAAGAAAAGCUCAAAUUGCUUGCAGAGGAGAAAUUAGUAUCAUUCUGUGGACAGAUUCUAAAAGAAGCGUCCGAUCUCCAACCAGUUACAAUAGAGAGUGCUAAUGCAGAUGUCCAUCGAGUGCUUGACUUGCGAGCUCCUAUAGUAGUCAAGGUACUCAAAGGAAUGUGUCUCAUGGACAGCCAAAUAUUUAGAAGUCAUCUAAGAGAGUUCUAUCCUCUGAUAACAAAGCUCGUGUGUUGUGAUCAGAUGGAUGUCCGUGGAGCUCUUGGUGAUCUUGUCAGCACACAGCUCGCUCCUCUUUUACCUUAGGUUCUUUCACUUGAUAUAACUAUUGCACAAAGCUUCUCUAAGGCUCUCCGGUUGAGUAUGAAAAAUGGAUGGUGAAGCCUGCAGAAGGUCUGAACGUGUUCGGUGUCCGAACACAAUAAUUACUCUUGCAGAAGUGUAUGUACCAUUUAUGUUUGCUGUGUUGAUUCUUAAAGACUGGUGCAGUAUCUUCCUGUUAUUCAGAAUUCAAGUUAUAGUUAGUCAUCAUCAAUUUUAUUAGGUUUCCUUUGUUUUUUUUUUUAUUGUUAAUGAAAGCUUACCUUACAUGGACAAUGGAGAGGAUAUUUGAGGAGCAUUUUUAUGAGAAAUAUUUUAUUAAAUAGCCCUUUUUGUACAUUGUGGAAUUAUUCGAGAGAAUGUUCAUGUAAUUUGGCAAAACAUAAAGAAGCCUGUUUUUGGAAGUUCUUGAAAAUGGAGAGGAUUUGCAAGUUCUUGAAA